AUAAUGUCUCCAAAUUAUAAGUCGUACCAAACCGGCGGUAACUGUCCACAUGCAUUCUAUCAAGUUUUAAAUGUUUGUUGAAGAACCAAUACCCGUCAAUCGAACAGGAUCCAGAGCAAUACAACAAAACCUGUUCUCUCUGUUGCAGAGUUGUAACUGCAUCAAGAACAUCAACCAGAUCCACAACCAAGUCAUUGUUAACGGCUUCUCCCAGAAGAGUUUCCUCGUCGUUAAGCUUCUAUCUUUCUACGUGGCUUCUGAUCAUCUUGUACUUGCCCAAAGGAUCUUCCAAAACAUCCAAUUCCCAAGUACUACCAUAUGGAACCAGAUGAUCAGGUGCUAUGUUCGACGCGGAGAGCCGCAGAAAUCAGUUCAGACAUACAACGAAAUGGUCGCGGCUGGGUGUGAGCCUGAUGGGUUCACUUAUUCGUUUGUUUUGAGUGUUUGUGCCAGGUCAAGGUUGUUGAGAGAGGGGGAACAGGUUCAUGCGAAGGUUUUGGCCAAUGGGUACUGCUCGAAUGUGUUUGUUAGGACCAAUUUGGUUAAUUUGUAUGCCAUUAAUGGUUAUGACGGCAUUGAGUAUGCGCAUCAAGUGUUCGAUGAAAUGGGGGAGAGAAAUGUUGUUACUUGGAAUUCGAUGCUCUCUGGGUAUAUUAGGCAUGGGGAUGUGGAUGGAGCCAGGAGGAUUUUUGACGAGAUGCCUGAAAGGAAUAUUGUCUCGUGGACAACCAUGAUUGCUGGGUGUGCCCAGCAUGGAAAAUGUAGGCAAGGGUUAUCUCUAUUCAAUGAAAUACGGAGAGCUGGUGUGGGAUUGGACCAGGUUGCUUUGUUGUCAGCCUUGUCAGCGUGUGCUGAAUUAGGAGAUUUGAGAUUGGGGAAAUGGAUUCACUCGUAUGUUGAACAGAGAAUGCAUCGUGGAAAGCAGCCCAUACCGGUAUCUUUAAACAAUGCACUUCUACAUAUGUAUGCUAGCUGUGGUGUGAUUGAAGAAGCUUCUAAAGUAUUUAGAGAAAUGGAGCAGAGAAAUACUGUUUCUUGGACAACCAUGAUAGCAGGAUUUGCGAAACAGGGUUUUGCCCGAGAAGCUCUUACUACAUUUCACUGGAUGCAAAGCUUGGGAUCUAAUGAAGUGAGACCUGAUGAAAUAACCUUCAUUGGGGUUCUUUCUGCUUGCAGCCAUGCUGGAUUGGUCGACGAGGGUCGCCAAAUUUUCAACCAUAUGAAUCUAUGUUGGGGCAUUAAACCAAGGAUUGAACACUACUGUUGCAUGGUUGAUUUAUUGAGCCGUGCUGGUUUCUUGGAUGAAGCUCAUAAUCUCAUUCAGUCUAUGCCCAUGAAGCCCAAUGAUGCAAUUUGGGGUGCUCUGCUCGGUGGUUGCAGAAUUCACAAAAGUUCAGAUCUGACUUCGCAUGUGGCUCAAAAGUUGGAAGUUGAGUGUGAUCCUGAUCGAGCUGCAGGCUAUCUAGUGCUGUUGUCAAAUAUCUAUGCCACGGACAGAAGGUGGCUGGAUGUCUCCCAAGUUAGAGAAAAAAUGGUUGAAUUGGGUGUGAGAAAACCUCCGGGCCGAAGUUGGGUUCAAAUAAAUGGGGUUCUUCAUGAUUUUAUAGCAGGGGAUAGUACCCAUAAGCAUGCAUCUUCAAUAUAUAAUAUGCUUGGCAGGCUCACACGCCAAAUUAGCUGGGAAGGUCAUCAAUCAGACAUAUCAGAGACGUAUAAAGAUGUAGUGAAUUGAAGUCUGCUACCAUGAAAUUCAGCUUUGAGUUUCUUUUCAUAAUUAAAGUACUAAACCUUGCACAUUCUUUGUCACGAGGUCUACUACUUGCGAAAGGGCCAAGUGAAAGAGUUUCUUUGAACUUCUUGAGUCGCUGAUUGAGUAAUCCGCUGUGUGUUUCUCAUGAAGUUUGGACUGGACUUGCUUGGUUCACGACCCGUAUUACGGCAGCAAAGACCGCCACCCCUGACGGGGGUCCUAUUACUCUCUGAGCAGGCUGGCCGUGUCAGGAAUCUGGGGCGGAGCACCUUGGCAAAAAAAAAGAAAGAAAUUCAAGGAUAUUUUCAUCAUUGUCCGUAACAUAAAUAUUCUCAUUUUGAAAGCCCUAGCCGCUAGAACAAAUACUUGUAGUAUUCAGAAAGAGUUGUUGAGCGAGAGUUUGGAACUUAUCAAGAUUUAUCAUUGUUGCUCGUGGAUGUAGACAAGAUUGGCCGAACAACAUUUGUCUUUGUGUGUGAUUGAUUUUGGUUUUCGA